AUGUUUCCAAUAUUAUUAGGUCUCUUCACACUCUCUUGGUGCAACAUUGAGGAAACCAAAGACAUCAUGCAAGAUUGGGAUAAAUAUAUGCGAGGCUUCCUACCUGAUGAUAUGAUCUCAUUCUAAAUCGAAAAGGGAGGCGAAGAAAUAUUCAUUGAAACAAUCAAGAAAACUCCCACAAACAUCAGAGGCACUUUCUUUAUUCCUAUCUACACCCUGGACACCAUUGACUUUAAAGUCAUUGAUCCUUCCGGCUCUAUGAUCUAUGCCAAAAUGAUGAAAAAAGAAGCAGUCUUCAGUUUCAAUGCCACUGAAAAAGGAGAUUAUCAAUUGAUAUUUCAAAACAAAAGAGCAAAAGAAUCAAAAGUUGUACAAUUCGCUAUUGAUGUCGCUAAAUCUGACAAAGAAGAAAUAGAGUAGAAUGACAUUGAUCCCAUUGAAAAUGGAGUUCAAGGACUCUUGCAAAAAAUCAGAGACGUUUUCUAUAGCACCAAAUUGAAUGAGUUGAAAUCUAAAGGUGCCUUGGCUGAUGUACAAAAGAUAAAUAAACAACUGAUGAUUCUGACAUUCAUAGAAACAGUGGCUAUUUGUGGAGUGACAGCAUGGUAAGUAUAUUACAUAAAGAAAUUGCUCAAUGAUAGAAGAUUAGUGUGAUUAUGUUAAUAUAUUUAUUCUUCGAAUUCAAUUCAAUUAAAAGCCAAA